GAUCAGCAGAUCAGUCUUCUGCCGAACGUCACCUGAUGUAAAGUCGCGGUUUAUUGUUAGGUUACCGAACAGCAGCGAUAUUGGCGACGACGCGAUCUUUGGCGAUUUUCGACAUUUUUCAUGUCCUUUUACAUCGCAUUAUAACAGCUAUAUCCGCGCGCGGGUUUGUUUUUUUGCUUGUUCAAUGAUUGAUUAUACUUUGGUUUGCUAGUUGGCAGCUUAGCGAUAAAGGCCCACCUAUAAGCAGUGACAGGACCGUAAUAGAGGCAAAAAAAUGAAGAAUUUGUCUGAAUAAGUGGCCGAAAAUGCCGAGCGCAGAAGUAACACGGUCCGAUUCGAAUCGGUCAGAUACGUCACUAAAACCAAGAGUAUCGUUUAAUAGAGAUGUACACAUCAAGAGAAUUGUUCCGCGCGAAAGAGUAUCGGGUGCAGUAACCGGCAUUGAUGGGGGCGAGACAGUCCUGACGUCACCUGUCCGAAAAGAACGCCGCAAAAAGUCGAAAAAAGAAAUCGAAGAAGAAGCUGCCAAAGUCAUCAGUCAAGCCGAUAACGUUGGAUGCAUCGCGAAUGAUAAAGGUGCUGGCCCAGAAAAAUAUUAUAGCCUCCCAAACAGGAAGCGUACAAAUAUAAAAGAACUAAAUUCAAGCACCUUUAAUUCAUUAGAUCGCAAAUCUACUAAAAGACAGGGUUCUCUAGAGUUUAAUCCACCAAAAAAACCGCCUAGAACUUUCUCUUCAGAAACUAGAUCUCGCACGAAUACACCUAAACCGUCAAUAUUUGAUAUUUUCAAAAAACCUGAAAAUCCGGUUGUGUUACCAAAAAAAUCAAAUUUAAGGAGAAGCGUUAGUGACGCAGCUGCAUUUAAGUCUAAAAACCCAACUAAGACAAACCCAAAUGUAAGGAAAAGGUCUGAUAGUGAGAGGGAGGAACCUAUUGAAAGAACAAAUGAUAUUAAAAAGCUGUCUCCAAUUAUUGAAGUAACCCAGAGGGAAGAUUAUUUUGUUGCUGAUAAUAAGGAUGACGUUACAGUUCCGGAGACCUUAAUACCGCAACCGGUUAACCGCCCACAAAGUGUAACUGAACAACUUAAAGACUAUAUUGCAGAAGUCGAUGAAGAAUUAUAUAAAGAGACUGGAAUAAGAAUUAGUACUCUACCACCCAUACGAGAUCCCAUUCCAAUAAUUAUUGACGUAGAUAAGGCAGAAAAUAUUUCCAUCAAUAAAAAACAUAAAUUAAACUUUGGAUUAGGUAAAAAGAUAAAAUCACUGACCCAAAAGAAACCGAAAACUAAAGGCAAAAAUGAUGGCAAUUAUAAACCAGUAUACCAGAACGAAAAAUCUUUUAAACGGGUUAAAGUGGUAAAAGAUAUAGUAAAAGAAGUAAAUGAUACAAAGCAGUCAGAGCCAGUAAAAAAGCCUAAACUUAAAGAUACAGAAAAAUUAGAAGAAUUCACUGAAAUGAUUCAUAGCAGUCAAAAACCUGUGGAGAAACCUCCUCUUACUAAAGGUAAGACAGUUAACAGCAUGGUCAAACGACUGAGUAACGAUUCUUGUUCACCUCCACCUCAAACGAAACUAAAUGUACUUAUCAUGCCAAACGUCUCAGUUCAGCAUAACAACAAUCAACCAUUUUCCUAUACCAGAGGAAUUAGUCCAGAAAAAUAUACAUCUAACGAAGACUUGCCCUGUGAGAUGGCUACCUUUAACAAGCCUGUAGUUUAUGCUCAAGUGGUCAAAGGUAAAGAUGCUGGAAAGGAAACAAUUCAUACAACUUACAAUAACAGGCGACAAACACAAUCUGAUUCUGAUGAGGGUUUGGGUGGAGAAGAUAGUUUCGGUUUUAACAGAAAGUACGAUACAGAUAAAGCUUUCACCAGAUUAGGAAAUGAGGGGAGUUACCUUAGUGAUACUGACAAGCUACUUGACGAAAUUGAUAAAUAUAAAGCUGAAAGCCCUAUUUUGCCUAAAUACCGUAAUCCCUCACACCUUGCAAAUAAUGUCUUAUUCUCAGGUAUAAUGGAACGGGGUCGUGGUGAUGGCAUGGAUGCGAAACGUCGAGAAAGUCUUACAGAAAUUGAUAAUUUUGGUCAGUUUAAAAAUUUCUCAUCAUACCAGCAUCACCGCAAUGAUUUGGCUGCUAGAAGAGACCUUUUGGAGUCGCGAAUGAAUAGAAGAAUUACCGAGAAAACAACUCCUUCGCCGGAAUAUUAUCCGGGAAAAACUGUAAAAAAUAACGUGUUCAUUUCCGAGAAGUCGUCGAAAUACUAUAGGAGUGGUGCUGCAAGUCCACUGGACUGUAAAGAAAAGUUUGUCAUAGAGUCUAAAAAGGAUGAUUUUGGAGAAAGGCACUUCGAAUCUCGGACAAAACGAUAUUAUGGCACUCCCAAUGACCCUAUCUCCAAUAAAUAUGAAUUAGACAAUGAACCGAAAAGUUUGAGCGACUAUCGAUCAUCACCUGAAAAUAACCAGUUUGAAUCUAGUCAUCAUACCACAACGCACAACGGCUAUCGCACCGAAAAGCCCAAGCAAUUAAUUAAGGAUAAGCACAUAUAUAAAUCCACCCCAGAAAUGUACUAUGACAAUCAUUUUAGAAGUGCACAUAGUUCUUACCAUGAGUCGCUACCAAGAGGAAAUAAAAUUGAGAGUAAGAACUCUCAAAAAUUUAGAUCAGAACGAUUCUUAAAUAGAAAUGAAAGUGACAGGAGAACCGAUAGAUUGGCCGACUCAGGUAUUGAGAAUGAUUUAAGGAGGGAUAGCAGUGAGAAUUAUCCAGUUGCUAGGCCAAGAAGAGGAGACUCUGAUUUGUAUAAUGAAAGUGAGGACGAAGGUUUUGCAAGUUCGCUACUAAUUGCUAACGAGAAAAACCACACCGACACUAACCUGCAUAUAUCUCGACGAGAUUACGAUGAUUCCGACGUAAACUCGAGAGGAGACCAGUUUUAUCGAAAAACGAAAAGUAAAUACGUUUCACGUGAGAGAAGUAUUGACGAUGGGUCGCAUUUUGAUCCAAGGAUUGAUAAAGAUGUUGUGCGUGUGAUUGAGAAAAAGCCGCCUAAGCCUGAGAAAAAAAGUGGAUUAGAAAAAGUCAAAUCAUUAUUUACCAGAGAUAAAAAAAAAGACAAAAUCAGCACCUUUCAGAAGGGAAAAUCCAAAUCGCUUCUUUGCAGAAAAUCUUCACCGGAUGACCAUAAGAAUAUUAAACAGGAGGAUACAGAUUUUGAAAAUAGGAGACGACUUUCCACGCCAAGUCCCACAAGAGAUAUUCCAAAAAAGAUAGAGAGCACUCACAGCAGUUGGCUUAAGUCUCUAGACAGACUUACCAAAAGAAGAUCAGGAAAACAUUACAAAAACGAAAGCAUAACGACUACAGAAGAUGCAGCUAAUUUUCCUAAAUUAUCAUCUUCUGUUAGCAACUUAAGGUUCUUUGGUGAUACCGAUCAGGAAUCAAAUAGCGACAGUACCAGAGAAAACACACUUACAAAAAAGCGAUCUGGAAUAAGAAGUUACUCUAUCAAAGACCUGCAUAAUAUAUCCGAAGAAAAAAAACGAAACUAUAAUGUGGGAAGAAAGGUUGAUCAUCACAGAUCUAUUACAAAUGUUGCAACUACAGGAUUUGAUAGAGAUAUAAAAGGCAGCAGAACAAGCCUUAAACCACCAAUAUCACCAACAUUGAGAUAUCCAAAUAACCAUACUUCCAAAAGAGACGAACGAAGAAGACCAAGACGACAGGAUAUCAGUUCUGUAGAGAGUUCCACAGAGGGUGAUAGUAGUCAACAGUCCCAAAGAAGUGUUGUUUACUUACAUGCAGCAACAAUUGGAGAUAUCCCCGGCCCAGAAUAUCUCCGAACCAGUACCCGCACAGCCUCCAGAGAAGAUCUCACCUCGACCGGAUCGAGUUUAAUUCAACCUCAUGUAAAAACGGUCAGUCGUUCCUUUUCGGUACUAGCACCUUGGAAACCUCGACAUCAUAGAGAACGAAUGGAUAUAGAUUAUACUCAAUAUAAUAAAUCACCGAAAUCGGGAAAGUACGAGCAAAGAUCAUCCAGGACUGCUAGUAGGAACGAUAAUUCGACUUUAAGGAGAAAAGCUGCACAACAGGAGAGUAAGCGGAAUGGGUAUCAAUCAAUAAAUAGGAGAUCAAGAAGUAAGGAAAAUAUAUCUCACUCCAAAGAAGAUUUAUUGAGAGGAUCAACAUCCACACUUUACAAGAAAAAAGAUAAACUUCCAAGAGAAAACUCUCGAUACAUCCGAGAUCGUGACGACAGAAAAAUGUCCACAAAAAGCCAAUCGGUAGAAUCCAUAUCAAAGAAAUCCCGUGAUGACGGAUACAAUGUGAAUAGAUCAGCCUCUAUGCCGAGAGACACAGAAAAAACGGCUGGAUGGUUUAAACGUACGAAAAAGUCUACAAGCACCCAACGCCUGUGAUAUUUUUCACUUUGAAAAUUACCUUUUUUUAUUGUUUGCUUUUAACAUCAGCACAAUUAUUAAGUGCCAUUAGUAAAGUAAAUAAUAAUAAUAAUAAUAAUAAUAAGAUAUAUGCUAUGUACAAAUAUUGGUUGGCCAUAUAAAAAAAUCUCUUAAUGUUUGUGCCUUAUAUUUGUUAAUUUUUUUUUAAAGAUUCAGAAUGUUUUUUUGACACAUAUAUUUUAUUUUCUUUUCGUUACAAAUAACUUCAAUCAGAUUACUAGUGAAAGGGAGAUAAAAUAACUAAUAUCUAUAAUAUUAGCAAUUCUUGUUAACCUCAUUAUCAAUAUUUUUUAACUUUAUGGUGCUAUAAAAUUUAACAUUACUUAUUAGUUGUAAAUAACACUUGUGUAAGUAUAUCGUUAAGAAUUAAAAUCACCGUUCUUUUAAUAUGUUACCCGAACUCUACCUGCAUAUUUUGUAAAAAAUACAUUUUAAUAAAUU